AUGACUUCUUCAAAAAAAUCAGUUGGUGUUCAAUUCGCGUUGAACAUCACACCAGGGAUGGGAAUCCUUAACUCCUCUUAUGAACAUUCAUUUUACGAUGAAUUGUUAAGCAUGAAUCCUCCACCUUACAAAUUAACUAUAAAAGUAGAUGAAUUAAUUGCACCAGCGAAUAAUUCUCGACGUUCUACGCAACAUAGAAGAAAUCCAAUAGCAUUCGCACCACCAAGACCGCCUAAUGCGUUCGUUUUAUUUCGAAAAGAUUAUUUCGCGAAAUAUAAAAGUAACGAACAGAAAAUAAAUAAUACAAAUAUAUCACGUCUUGCUUCGAUAGAAUGGAAGGCUCAACCCCCGUCUGUUCGUUAUUAUUUCUACAUUCUAUUUGAAGCAGCAAAAGAAAAACAUCUUUUGGAAACAGAGCGAUCUUGGAAUUCAAAUAACGAAAAUUUCCAAAUAGUCGACUCUAAUUUUUCAGAGUAUCUUAACAUUCCCGUAAUAAAUAAUGAAAUGAACUCUGAAAAUAAUACAUAUAAUUUCGAUAAUAAUUACCCAGGUUCAAACGAUCCUAUUCCGGGUUCAAAUAAUCCUAUUCCGGUUCAUUUGAACCCAACUCGGAUUCAAAUGUUUCCAUUUCAGAAUAGAGAUAUAAGAGUUGAAGUUUAUACCUUAGUUCUAUUAGCAAAAAACACUAAUGCUAGCUUAUUAUGUUUUUCUUGUCUUCAUAAAGAAUUAAAGAAUCUUAAUGUAUUAUUUAAGAUAAUCAAAGCUAUAAAAUUUCUAGAUAUUACAGAAGAUGCUAACAAAAUCUAG